UGACUAUAUAGGGACCGUUCUCAUUCUAUAUCAUUCAUAUUCAUCUGUCACUGACACCCCAUCAUCACUCGCUCCUUCCUUCAUCACUUCACACUCCCAUUCACUCAUUUUUGGAGCUCUCCAGAUCUUGUCUCUCCCGCAGCUAUGGCAGAGAGGGUGACCAAAAUGUCGAUAAAGGUGGAUCUGCAGUGCUCGUGCUGCUACAGGAAGAUCAAGAAAAUUCUCUGUGAAUUUCCCCAAAUCCGAGACCAGACAUACGAUGAAAAGCAGAACAUGGUGUUGAUCACCGUCGUGUGCUGCAGCCCGGAAAAGAUCCGGCAAAAGAUCAUCUGCAAGGGUGGCGAGACGGUGCUGAGCGUUGAGAUCCUGCCCGACAAGCCCAAGGAGCCCGAGGAGCCCAAGAAACUAAAGGAUACCAAGGAGCCCGAGCCCAAGGAGCCCGAGAAGAAGCCGGUGAUGGGCUGCCCGCUAGUGCCAGUGUAUCCGAUGCUGCCGGUGUAUCCGAUGGUGGGGGUGUGUUGUUGUCCCCCACGUUAUGGAGGUUAUGGUGGGGGACCAUGCUAUUGUGGGCGGAGGAGGCCAGUAAUGUGCUAUGAUGGAUGUGGGAGACCAGCCGAUGAGUGUCAAGGUGGGAAUAGAGGUUCCCAUCCUGGGCAGGGGAGACCAGUGAUGUGCUCUGAUGGAUGUGGGAGACCGGCUGAUGAGUGUCAAGGUGGGAAUACAAGUUCCCAUCCUGGGCAGGGGAGGCCAGUGAUGUGCUCUGAUGGAUGUGGGAGACCGGCUGAUGAGUGUCAACGUGGGAAUAGAGGUUCCCAUCCUGGGCGGGGGAGGCCAGUGACGUGCUCUGAUGGAUGUGGGAGACCGGCUGAUGAGUGUCAAGGUGGGAAUAGAAGUUCCCAUCCUGGGCGGGGGAGGCCAGUGACGUGCUCUGAUGGAUGUGGGAGGCCGGCUGAUGAGUGUCAAGGUGGGAAUAGAAGUUCCCAUCCUGGGCGGGGGAGGUCAGCCAUGUGCUAUGAUGGAUGUGGGAGACUGGCUGAUGAGUGUCAAGGUGGGAAUGGAGGUUCCUAUCCUAGGCUGGGGAGGCCAGUGAUGUGCGAUGAUGGAUGUGGAAGACCGGCUUGUGAGUGUCAGGGUGGGAAUAGAGGUUACCAUGUUAGCCGAUGUGAUUACUUUAGUGAAGAAAAUGCCGCUGCGUGCAUUGUCAUGUGAUCGAGUUCAAAAUUUCUGAUGUCAAUUAUUAAUGUAGUAACUUGGUGAAAGAUACAUCAAUCAAUCUUUUAGGGCUAUGUUGGGGUCUUUAUCUUUGUGGGUGUAGAAAGACUGAUGAGGUUGGUGGUCUAGUAUGGUGGUAUAUGUGGUCAUAUAUGUUCCACAAAUGACUUGUUGCUUGUCGAUUUCUUCAUUUCAAUAAAAUUGAGUCCUUUUCAUGUCU